AUGGCGGCGAUAAACCCCGGAAAAAAUCCCGAAGAAGUUGUUUCGCAACUAAGAAACACUUUCAACAGCGGACGAACGAAGCCGGUCGAAUACAGAAUUCAACAGCUAAAAGAAUUGCACCGGUUGUUGGACGAAAAUUCGUCGGAAAUAUGGCAAGCCAUGAAGCAGGACUUGGGGAAAUCGAAGCAAGAGGCCUUCGUGUUAGAAAUCGAUUUCAUGCGCUUCGAAAUCCAACGAUACCUCCAAAACCUAAGCGACUGGGUCAAGCCCGAGAAAGUCCCCAGAGAUUUGCUGAACAUGAUGGACAAGGCUUACAUUAUUCGAGAACCUUACGGCGUCGCUCUCAUUAUAGGAGCUUGGAACUAUCCCAUCCAAGUGGUUCUGGGGCCGAUGAUAGGAGCAAUAGCUGCGGGAAAUUGCGUUCUAAUCAAACCAUCCGAGCUCUCCCCUGCUACCGCCAAGAUCCUGGAGGACCUUCUGCCGAAAUACUUAGACAGCGACGCUUAUAAAGUCUUCAACGGCGGCAUCCCGGAAACUAGCGAACUGUUGAAGCAGAGGUUCGAUUACAUCUUCUACACCGGCUCCAGCGCUGUAGGAAAAAUCGUCCACGCGGCUGCAGCUAAAUAUUUAACACCAACAACUUUAGAACUCGGUGGUAAAAGCCCGGUGUAUUUAGACAGUUCGGCGAACAUCGAAGUGGCGGCUAGAAGAAUCUUAUGGGGGAAGGUGGUUAACUCUGGUCAAACGUGCAUAGCACCCGAUUAUGUAAUGUGCACGAAGCAAGUCGAAGAGAAGUUUCUAUCCGCCAGCAGGAAAGUGUUGAAAGAGUUCUUCGGGGAGAAUCCGCAGGCAUCGCCGGAUUACGCGAGAAUCGUCAACGAGCGGCACUUCGAUAGAAUACAAGGGCUAUUAGAAAAAUGCACGGUGGCUAUAGGUGGGGAUUCGGACAGAAAAGACAAGUACAUUUCACCGACGAUUCUUACGGGCGUGUCUCCCGAAAAUCGCGUGAUGCAGGAAGAGAUAUUCGGGCCGGUGUUGCCGAUAAUCAACGUUGAUAACGCGUACGAAGCUAUUGCAGUCAUAAACAAAAUGGAGAAACCUCUAGCGAUGUAUUUGUUUAGUGAAAAUCAAAAAAUUAUUGACGAGAUAUUAACAAAUACGUCAGCGGGAGGUGUAUGCAUUAAUGACACCAUUCUUCAUGCUUCACCUUUCACUCUUCCUUUCGGAGGAGUCGGCAAUAGCGGGAUGGGCGCUUAUCAUGGAAAAUCCACCUUUGAAACGUUUUCUCAUAGAAAAUCGGUUUUGCAUAAGGAUAUGGGCGCGUUGGGAGAGAAACUAGGUUCUAUUAGGUAUCCUCCGUAUUCGGACAGAAAAUUGAACCUUAUGAAAACCGCUUUAACGCCGCCAAAACUUCGUUUUCCCACAAAACAUCUCGGUAAAAUUAUCACGUUUUUUAUUGGUCUUAUUGUUGCGCAAUUCUACAGAAAAUAUAACAUAUUCUAA